UUGGUUCGUGGCUCACUUCAGUCUGUUGUAUUCGGAUAUUAUACCGUGCACCUUUCGGUUACUUCUGAUCAUGGCGACGUGAUCACCGUUGGACGUCGAACGUACGAUGCUCGAACUUUGUGGAUAGCGAUCAUUGGCGACUCUUUCGCUUCCGGCGAAGGUAAUCCUGAUGUGCCAAGGCAUGGGGAGAAAGAAGCACAGUGGAUUGACGAUCGAUGUCAUCGUUCAUCAAAGUCAUUCGCCUCGACUGUGUUCGCAGAAAUAGCAGCUGUAACCCCAACGUAUCUUACGUUUCUGGCAUGCACCGGAGCGACAAUCGAAAACGGAAUUCUGGAGGCUAGCGAGCAUGCUAGUCAGCUGGAUACGUUGGAGAGUAUCGCCACUAAGAGAGGUCGUGGGCCAGACUUAGUGAUUCUGACAGCCGGCGGUAACGAUAUCGGCUUCUCAGACAUCAUCAACGCGCUCGUGCUCGACAGUGCCAGAUUCGACGUCAGUUUGAUAGAUAUGAGGUUCUUCUUUGUUUCUCAUCAACUCGAUCUGGUUGCGAAACGAUUGGCUGCACUUGGGACAAAGAACGUUUUCGUGCCACAGUACUUCGACUUCACAAAGAAUCAGCACGGCGAGGUGGACGCGAACUGCAUUGCAUCAAAAGAGGUAUGUCGAAGUCUUUAUAGAGAACUGGUCUUCAGGACAUCGCUUGUUGUUCGUUGUCGAGGUUGUGUUCAUACCCGGAAAAAACCUCGACACAAUUUCUUUAACAGACUUUAUGGAGAAUCUGACAACAAAUCACCGUUAAAAUGUUGUUGUGCAGAAGAGAGACUUGUGUGUGGGUAG